AUGCUUGUGGAGAUUGUUCGUGGUUGGAGAUGGCUUCAAACUAAUCCAUACCAAGAAGGUCCCGGAUUUAAAGCCCGUUAUGUUGGAAGACAAAUGCAAAAUGGAGGUAGCACAUUAAUCAUGGGCAAAGAAUAUUGUUUUUAUAAGAUAAGCUCCCAAUCCAUUCAGUUGCCUAUAAUACUAGUUUCUACUUCUGAUUUCUUUUAGUGAAAGAUUUGUCACUGAAAAAAGCAUUCACAAUAAGGUCUCAAGGCAGAAAAAAAUGUGACGUUCAGGAACGAUUGUUACUCGAAGUUGAAGUAAUAUAUCGAAUUUUACACCAGUUACACUGCCUCAUCACUUUAAGGGAUCAAAAGAGGGUUAAAAAGACCGCGUUGCGGCGGGAGAAUUCUCAGGGGCACUCAUCAACGAUUUCCUUCUAACUACUUUGAAACACUCUCCAGAGUGCUUUUACAUCUCUAGAAAUGCGCUGCAUUGUAAGCGGCGCCAUAAAUUUUUUUAUCUGUUUGGCUGCCAGGGCUUCAGUAUUAUUUUCCCGAAAAUUUUAGAUUCAAUUUAAUGUAUUACUGUGAUGAAUAAUGAACAUUCAAUCAACGAGAACUUGAUUACGUAAUUAAGCUUAGUUUUGUUUUGAUUUAGAUAAGAUACGUUUCUGUUCUGUUUCAUUUAUCGAGUUUCUACGCCCCUAUUUUCUUGUACUAUUGUUCACAGUUUGAAUCUAUUACUUAGCUAGCCAUUCCUGUUUUUUAACCGGUUUUACAACUGUACACGUGAAUUGUACCCUUAUCAGAGAACGCCCCUUUAGUUUUUGUGGAGUUGGAGUUAGGAGAUCUACGGAGCAACGUCGGAGUUUUCAGAGCGGUUUUAUCUUUUUCGGAGUUACGUAACGUCGGAGUUUCUCUAGCCCUUAAGACAGGAUCAGACGUAAGUUUCUGCCUAUUGUAUUUAGUUUUCGUUUUCCUUUCAAUUUUGCUUCUUUUGUAAUUAGCCUCAGCCCCUUUUUUGAUCUUGUACAUUGUAAUUUCCCCUUUUAGUUUUCACCGCAUGUGUACAAUAAUUCAGACGAGUUGGUGAUCGUAUUAAAUGCUGUUGAGUCAACUUGUGCUGUUAAAUUCUAUACUGUGGUUGACACUUCCCGAUCUCCAGUGCACAACACCCCGUGUCCGCUGCACUGGGUACGCGACAAUCACGAAGGUGAGAAUUUUUCUGAUUCUUCUCUCUAUCACCGAUUUGAAUCCGAAAAUUUAAAGUUUCCCUUUUUUUGCAACGAAAAUGGCCUUACCUGGAGAGUGAAAUGUGAAAAUUUAACGACAGAAAAUCGUAGAGAAUUUAUGAGAUAAGCUUCGAAAACUGAAUAUUCUAGUAGAAUUGUAGGCACUAUUUGCUUUUAGCUCCGAACAGAUAUUUUACAGAAAACAGUCGUUGGAUUCCCCUCUUGUUGUUUUUGAGGAACAUUUAACAACAAAUUAUAAUUCUAGGAAGGGGUUAAGUUGUUAGGAGUUAAGGCUAUCUAAACAGUUGACUAAAAGCCUGCACACUUCUAGCGCUAAAUGUCGAAAGAUGACAUAUACUCUAUCCGCAAUGAUCAAGUUAUCUUUUGGUUACACAGAUUCUCCUCAAUUUUUGGAGCCGAUGCAAGAGGUAACAGUGUCUGGAUACGUGACAACUUUGUGGUGUCAAGCACAGGGUUCCCCUGCCCCUGUUAUAACGUGGAUGAAAAAUGAAACAGUACUACAAAAUACCACCAGUGUAACGUACGAGCAGCAGCGGGAUGCACAAGGAGUCUACAAAUGUAUGGCAAGUAACUUGUUCGGAGCAACACAGCAGAAUACGCUACGGGUUUACAGACAAGGUUCGUGUCUCUUGAGCGUUAAUAGACAGUUUAAGUAUCGCGUUUACGUCAACGGCAAAUGCGAAUUUGUACCACGUGACCGAGUUUCCCAUUGAGCUGUCAUUACUUCUACACAUAAAUCAGCAGUGUCACGAAAUUUUUUAUCCAUGAGCUGUUUUUAUGUGCUCAUUAUCUGACGUUUGCCGUAUUACUCCAAGCUUUGAAGCUGAGUAAAAACUCUCAUGAUCAAAUAUACUGAACUUAAUUGCUAGACGAAUUGGUUUGGGUAAAUGGUAGUUAAGUGUCUAGAAAUAGAGCCUACAAUGUAGAUAGUUCGAUCGCGGCUUGCGGUGGGAGUUUUGUGAUGUUUAAUAAAUAGCCAUACAUGUCCACACGAGUCCGUUUAGAUAAUAAAAGUGUAUUACAUACUUCUCAAAAUUUAGCAAAUAAAUCACUUAACCACAAAACUUACAUUAACCCUUUGACUGCCAGAGUGCUUGAUGGAGUUUUGUACAGUGACUCUAACUUUUGAGUCAGUGUAGACGAAAUCCUAUGAUGUGACAUUCAAAUGAAAGCUCUCUGCCUGUACUUUCAAAAUUGUUUUUCAAAAUUUUACAAAAUGAAAUUUGUAACUUUAGUCGAAAUUUGCUUUUGGCAAAAUUUGGCGGUUAAAGGGUCAAAGAGUAUACAUUUCAAUCUCGUAUUGCAAAACGUUACGUACUAACACGUUAUUUACCGGAAACGUGAAAGAUCAUUUUGACGGUGUCCCGAUUGCCUUGAGUAUCCACCGUGACCCAACACGAAGACAGGCGAUGAAGCAGGACUAACGUUCCAAUUGAUAUCAACCCCCUUCAUUGCCCACCCAGCCCAUGAAAGGUUGUACCACACCACCGGGGUCUACGUCUUCUACUCUUUACGAACAGCAGUGUGGGUUCUUUCAUCCGCUGACCAUUAUCACAUGACCUUAUCGCGAACUCAAGUUUCGACCCAUUGAGGUUACGUGUCUUUUGAAGCCUUCCGCUGACAAGUAUUUUGUAUCCACACUGUUUGUAGACCUUUGUCCCCCGCAUUUUAUUUGAAGUACCAAGCACAUCAGUUACAAUAAAUCUUCGUUCGAAUUCGGUUUGUGGUUUUGUUCUUAUAAAGGGCAAGAAACUUUUACACUUAUUGCAGUUUCAAUUACAUUGCUCGACUAACCAAUUACAGUUACAUGCGACAACUUCGCAAAUGCCGCCACGUCGUUACCACAGCGUGUUUUGAUCAUGAAAAAGUCCAGAAAACAGAUCUUAAACCUCUGCUGUUUGUAAAAAGUGAAGUCCUCCAUUACAAUAGCUGGCAGUUUUUCAGUAUUAAACAUACAUACAUACAUACUUUAUUUAAGGUAUCAUAAGAAAUAAAAGACACAAAUAAUACCCUAAAAAGGAAGUUUAAGAGGUUAACCCUAUGUAAAUAAACUUCCAAAAAUAAAAAUUGAAAAGAUAUGUUUAUGAAUAGAAUCUGAGAUGGAUGAAAACCUAAGAAAGACGCAUGUACGAUUUAAGAGCUAUUUUAAAACGUCUUAAAUUUCCUAUCUCAACAACAUUGGUGGGCAGGUCAUUCCAUUCACGAAUAAUUUUUAAUUUUAAAGCACGAUCAGCUCAACAAAAUACAGCUGCUUACAAUUUGUUGUUCAAUUUUCUUCUUCUGUAGUAAACAAACCACAAACGUAUUCUUUCAUCAUAGGUUCGCAUGAAUGUGUUGACUUUUCCAGUAAGACAGCUUUCAUAAUUUAUCACGAGUAAUGAGUGCAGAAUUUCGUGUUUUGAAGUGCUGCUGUUUGUUGUUUGACUGAACUGAAAGUUCAGCGCCAUUAAAUCGUGAGUCAUGAUUGGCUUAUGAUGACCUUGGAGAGAAGACAUGACUUGAUCAUGGUACUAAAACCACAUUCUCUACUCUAAAGACUCUGCUAAAAAUCAAGACUGGAAAGCUUGUAAGACUCGCCUUCGGUCGUGACUUACAAGCUUUUCUCGUGUUCUCUCAACAUUCUGCGUGGGUUAUCACGGUGGUAAACCCAUAGAAAGUGCAGUAGUCUAUUCAGCUUAAUUUUCUUCGUUUUCUGCCUUAAACCAUCCUUAGAAACCUCUCCUACUGUAAUUAUUGCUGUGUGUGAUUGCCAUUUUGCCUUUAAUCCAUCUUGUCAUUCAGUAUUUCUAUAAAGUUAUUGUUCCUAGUCUUAUCGCUAAAGUUUUUACCAAUGUGUUUAUAGUUUAUUUUGUUUUAAUAUAGACUGUUCACAGUCCUCUAUUUUUCCGUAAGAUCGUCGAGAUCGAGCGCUUUGCGUUACGGGCUGCCAUCUUGCUUGAGUGUCAAAACUACUUUGGGGGCGGGGGCAGUUUGGGAGGAAGCGAGAAAAAGAGAGGGACUGUAAUAACAUCACUGCAGCUCGCGUUCAGGAGGCGUGACAGGAAUUUCACGCUUUUACCAUUCAUUAAUUAAGAAACUUCGCUGGCGAUGAAAAACAUGCCAGACACAUUUAAGGCCAUUUAGCAUCUAUUUCGCGUGUUUACAAAUAUCUCCUUUCGAAACGGUGAUUUUAUACAGUAUCUGGGCCAUUCCUCCAAAUAAAAUCAGCAAACAUGCACAGGUGAAACAUUUUCCUGAUCGAAGUGCUAAGCACGCCAUCCUCACCACAGAUUAAAAUAGUUAAACCUCCCGAUAAAAGGCCAGGCAUUUCUGACAGGUCGUCUUUUUUGCUUCGGCGUAGCGUUAAAUUUUUAGUUCGUUUGGCAGAAACUGUUUUACGAAAUUCCCCUGGCCGGGCUGCUUCAAAAGCAACUUGGCUACAUUAUUCACCCUCAGAAUAUACCAAAAAUUGUUCAUGUGUUUGCGCAAGAUGUGCUUAUGGUAGUAUAAUAUGAAAGCAUACGUCUUAUAGAAACGACGACUUGUCGACGACUUGUCAGUGUCGGCAGCUUAAACUAAACCCGUUGUCAGCGCAAAUUGACAUCUAUUGUCUAAUGACCAAUCAAAUGCCUGCGUUGCUAGUACAACGAGCUCCGUCAACGCGAGCUGCAGUGAUGUUAUUACAGUCCCUCUAUUUUUCUCGCCCCUUUCCCCUACAGCUAUAAUCCCCGUCGCCCGCCCCGGUGGUACAUUUGAAACUCAAGAUGGCCGCCAUUAACAUAAGACGCGCUAUACCUUAGCCUCCCGCGCAGGCGUUUAACGAUCUCAGGAAAAAAUAGGGGACUGUGAACAGUCUAGUUUUAAUAGAACUAGGAUAUCUUGUCCCCGCCUUUAAUAGUUCCCAUACUACUUGCGGAUGAAACAUGAGUUUAUUUCUACCACUGUGGAAAUAAAUAAACAAUACAUACAGUAGUGGGACACUCAAAAUCACUAAAAAGCUAAACUAGUCGGGUGACUGUGAUUAUAAUAAAAAACAUGAAAAUGUAAAAAGAGGCACAGCAAAUACAUUGGUACACAUAAGCUCACAUAGAUGUCAUAAACUUGAUACAAAAGUAAAUAUAAACAGAACAAAACAAAAUAUCAGUAAAUAGAGACGGACACACCGUUGGGAUGAAUGUACUAAUCAAAAUAAAGACUGUGGUUGUUUUGUUAUUUUUGUCCCAGCUUGCUCAACAAAGUGUUAUUGCCAAAUGCUGGAGGCUCGUCCUUUUUGGAUGAAAGCUGAAUGUCAUUAUCAAGACCUAACUGUAGCUCCAUUCGACAUUCCUCGAGCAGUUAAAUACCUGUAAGUCAAGAUUUGGCCCGAAACAGAGUUAAGCUGGUAUUUUGAAAAAUCCCGUUCAAAUCCCUAUCCGGUUUACUCAACCCUAAAAUGUAAACGUCAUCAUAGUUAGUAGAGGAGACGGCCUUUGAAAGCCGGCAAGAAUCAAAGUUGAAAACAACGGCGGUGCAGUUUGUGUUGGAAGCUUCCUGACGAGCACAAUCUUCUGAUUUUGUUCACAAAGUGCGACUGAAUAAAUUAAUGCAAUGUUUCUAUUGAUCAGUAAGUUCAAAAUGAUAGGAAUGCUACUGAACGUUGUGCACGGUGAGCUCCAAAAAAGCUAACAAAAACAUCGUAUAACAAAGAAGUCUAUUAGGAGUUUCAUAACCAUCUACUUUAAUAACAACUAUUCUUGUAUACAGUACUCAUAGCUAAGAAGAGAGAGAACCUAAUGGAAGAAUAUGGAGUAUUGUUAUAUUCCUAGACUUUCACUCGACUAAAUAGGGACUGCCAUUGGUUGAUUCUUGGUCACGUGGCCUUGACCAAAAUCAAAUGUAUCCCGAUCGUGAUACAUUAAGUAAUGUACCCCGCUCGGGCUACAUUACAGCACGUGAUGAAAGCAUGGUGGAAAGUGGCGUGACAGAAGGCGGGAAAAACACAGCCAAUUUUCUUUUUCGUGAAUGAACACAAGAACACAAACAGGAAACCUCAAGCUAAAAAGCAACGAUUUUUAAAGUUAUCCCAGAAGAGAAGUAGUAGCUAGUAGAGGAAAAAGAUGCAGAUGAUAUAGGGAAAGUAGUUUUUAAAUCGUUCACUCAGUGGUUUUAACAGGGUUUUGAGAAUUAGAUUUGUGUUGUUAUAAGUACCGAGUCGACUGUUUUGGUUCUCUCCGGUUAUUCUUUUGUUGCUGUUGAAGUGAAAGUCUAGAAAUAUAACGAAGCACUUAAUGUCAGGUCCCUCGGGAAACCAGUUAGUUUUGUUUUCCCUCGAGUCCUGAUGACUCUCGGGAAAACAAAACUAACUGUUUCCCUCGGGAUCUGACAUUAAGUGUAUAAUGUUUGGACAUUUUUUAUUUUAUUUGUUCAUUUAUCUUUGCCUGAAUGUAGCGAAGCGUAAUGAAACAAAAGAUAAAUGGUUUCUUGAAUUCCCAAGCACAAGUGCAUUUGUCGGCAGUGUGUUUUAAGUGCCGGCGUGAGAUUAUGGGAAGAAAGUGUGAUAUGUAAACUAGCAAGUAUAUAUUCGCUGAACAGUAAACAAGUUUCAUUGUGGAUUUUUACAAGCGGACAGUUAAAUUUUGUUCUUUUUUAUAUUUUGGUUGAAAUCCUGUAAUCCAUUUCCUCGUAACGAUUUUAGUUGUGCUUUCCUGAUGAUUGACAGUCAUUAUAAGUGGUUUUGUUUAUUCAAUUUACUUUGGCCGGAUCGAACGUAUAGAGUUUGUUUAAUUUUUUGGUGUCUAAACAGUGUAAACAGUUGUUUUUGUUUUGUGAUUAGUUGGUUAGUUCAAUAAAUGGGCUAAGAAUUGUCUUCUUAUCCCGCACCGCAUUUCUGGUUGUCAGUUUUUUGGGUGCGGGGAAUUCAAGAAUACUUUUUUAUGAACGUAUGUUAAAGAUUGGUCCCAAGAUUUCUGAGAUUUUAAUUAAGUUAUAUUUUAUUCUUUAAGGCAAUUAAUUUUUUAUUGAUGUAAAGCGCUUGUGAACUCUUAAGGAAUAAGCGCUAUAUAAAUAAAUUGUUAUUGUUAAUGUUAUUACAUUGCUGAGUUGUAUACUGGACCACUUAUUGCCUCUAACUCUUACAGACACACAACAUAGACACCCAGCCAGGAUUACAAACGGCCCCAAAUUUCAUGCCCUAGGGUCUAGCACACUAACCGAAAGGUCACCAUACUUUUUCUGCCUUUAGGUCAAUGAUACAUUUAUUGAUUCCUCUAGGAUUUCCUUAACUUAUUCGAGGCUUCCACUGGACUGCAUUUCCACAUAUAAGUCCACGUCCUUUUUUACAUUAUUUCUUAUUUCAUUCAUAUUUUUAUUGUAGAUUGUGUACGUACCUCUAUUUGCGGGGAGGUAUACCUGCUGGCCUAUUUAUCAAUUCGACGAAUCUCCAAUACUUGUGAGUAUAGAAUAACUUUAAAUAGGUAAAAUAAUUUUCUUGAAAUUUUUGGCUAUGCUUGCUUUUUGUCCUCACUAUUUUUGUUCUUUCUGUCUUGUGCUAUUUCAUUUUUUUUUGUGAAAUACCUCUUAUUAACGCUGGGGACGACUACGAGACAAGCCAUGGUGAUUAGCUCAAAUUCCCCUUCUUUUUACAAGUGUAUUUAUAACCAGCUAACAUUAACCGAAUUUGAAAGGCUUUUGCGAGAUCCGGUAAAAACAAAGUAACGUCAAUAAGGCAAGAUAAAUCGGAAAUACAUGUUUGGCACGGCAAUCGAGAAGGUUGCGUCGGCUCAGCUGUUUUGCGGAAAGGAGAUAGACCAGCUACUGCCAAAAAACAUGACAAGAACAAUGACAAUACAACUCCAAAGAUGAAAAUAUUCAAAGAAUAUACCUGCUAGAUAUUAUUACAUUCUUUUAUUUCCUACAUUGGCCGCGCAACAGCAAACAAAGAUAACAGUAGCUGAAGUGAGCAUGUUUAGCUCGUUUUAAAAGUAUGAAUUAUUUUGAAUAAAUCAUAAAAUAACCAUCAAAUUCGACUUUUCUAUGAGCUAAAGAAUAAUGCAAAUCUCAGAAGGUGUCACCCGCCCAAGCCAAAGCCUUCAUGGCCUUGGUGGAUAUAAUUAUAUACAGCACCCUCCUCCUUCUGAUAAUUCUUUACAUCACACUCAACCUCAUCACUUUCAAAGGCAAUUCCACAAAAACAUUCAUCUUCAAUUAGUUCAUCAUAGCAUUAUAAUUAAUAACAAAACUGUGAAAAGAAAUUGGCUUCGUUCAAGCCAUAUAUAGCUGAUAUAUAUAUUGAUAAUACAACAAAAAAAUAAUCUUGAUGGUUCCUGAACAGGUCGAUGCAAAACACGCGGCUGGAAAACUUGACAAAGAGUGUCUUUCUUGGACUCCAAAACUUAAAGAUUUUGUGAGUAUUAAGAAUUGUGGAAUGAAGGAAACAAUGACUUGGGUGUUUUAGUUUAAAAUCAUCGCUCUGUAGCAGCCAUUAUAAUUUGUCUCCUUUCCAGUUGUGAAACUUAUUACGGUGGCAGUUUUUACUUAUACUAGGAAGACUUCGGUAGUUCCUACUUCUGUCCUCGGACAAGAAACCGUAGGGUUCCUUUUGAAAUAAACUCAUAGAUAUAAUAAUGCGAUCGUAAAAAUAUUCAAUUUUGGUAUUUAUUUUAUGAAUACUAAGUUUUUAACCCUAAAUUACAUAUUAAAGCUAAUUUUAGUUAUAGCUAAUCAUACAGAUCUAGAGUGUGGCAGGGUUGUUACUUUAAAGUUACUAACCUUUCAUGAAUAGUUCUUCUUAUCCCUUUAGACCCUCUUGCAUCAGAUUAAGCUGGGAUUGUUCAAAAGAAUAACUUGUAAGAUACAUGAUAUUCCAACUCUAACUCAACUUAGACUACGAGCAGUCUCUCUAUUUUCUUGAUCCAUCGAGCAAAACGCGAGAGACACGCAAAUCACCACGCGCGUUACUGAAGGUGCGAGACAGGCCCUCGUUACUCGCGUCUCUCGACGCUCGAGCGCGCAUGUACUCCCCUCACCCAAUCUGAAGAAAAAGAGAGACUGCUCGCAGUCAAAACUCAACUCGUCUUGGUUUAAAAAAUUACAAGGUUUUCUCGAGCUGUUUCGUGUGACACACAUUUUUCAAAAGACAUGCACAGUGUAACUAGACAGGUUUUAGAAGGACAUUAAGUUAAUAAUCAGUAAAUGGACAACAUUAUUUUAUUCCAGGGAAAUACGGAAUAAUUACCCCUCCGGAGGAUUUAAAAUCAAGAACCGUGCAUUUAAUAAUCUCUCAUUGGAAUAUCUGUAAGUGAUUGUAUAUCGGCACCACUUGAAAUAUAUGAAUGUUCUCGGCCGAAUAGGCUUUGGGUUGUCUAGCAUUUCAAUAAGUUCAGCCAGACCAAUGGGGCUGGACACAAACGUGGCUCAUAACUCGUAUACAUGUGCCCUCCCCUACCCAAUAUCACAGUCCACAACAGAUGGAAACAAGAGGUUGGCUCUACCAGAAAUUGUUACAUCUUACAACAGUCAGAUCAGUGAAGUUAGUGUUGUGGUACUGGGUUGACAAAUUUUUUGCUCUUAUGCGAAAAGACUGGGAACCCUAACCAUCUGCCAAUUUGAGAACAAAUAUCGAUUCUCCUCUACUAUAGGACCUCGGAGUGUUCCGAACUGGGGCUUGCCGCUACGCCAGAGAGAUUUUAAAUGCAAUAGCCCAAUACUGGCACGUGCAGAACAGCUGAACUUUACAGAUACGUAAAAUAUUAUUUAGGGCUACUUGAGAGUCAACAUACAACUUCUCAAAGUCACGACACUUAACGUCGUCAUUAUUAAUUUAAUGAUUAUUUCAUUUGUUUUAACAGAGAUCUGAGUAACAACAAAACUAUUAUUAUUUGAAGAAUACAGUUUUAUAGGCUUGAAAAGUGUAAAGUAUCUGUGAGUAUUCGACCUCUUUACCUGAUUUACAUAUGUUUUUUACACUCUUAUGGGAUUAGUGUUUCAUGAUUAUGUAAAAUAUUAAUAUUGACAAGAACUGUUAUAGUAUACGAAAUAUACGGUUGGUUCGAUUUGAACUGAGAUUUGAAUAAAAACUGGCCUAUGUUCCGAUACCAUAUUCUAUUUACGAGAGCCGUCUCGUGUAGGUUGCAAUUUCGUUUGUAAAUACCUCGAUGCUUUCCCAACAACUCCUGUUAGUGACGAAGUAGCGACUAAUUUUUUCAGCAUUUUUCGUGACCAAAAAAUAUUGAUGACGCUUGUUGAUUAAGCAUAUGCCAACGCACCAGAUUUAGUGACCUUCCUUUAUAGGAAUCACUAGUAUAUCAAUAGUAUCCGGCCUUCGAAAAACAACCACUGUAUGUGGUCAGUUACGGAGUCCUAUACCUGCGUUUUUUGAGAGGCUGUUUUUGUCUACAUUUGAUUAAACUGAAUGAUAUAUUAAAAGACUAAUCUAUAUUUGAUUAAACUGUAUGAUAUAUUAAAAGACUAACUCAGUACAUAUACCAGCAUUUCAAAACUUUAGUUACUCGUGAUCAAAAAAUCGUAAGGAGAUCUGUUUGCUGACUAGUUGUAACUAUUUGUUUUUAGGGAUAUUUCGUACAACAACAUAAAUUCAUUACCUGAUGGUAUCUUUCGAUGGCUCUUUCAACUGCAGUUCCUGUAAGUAAAUUUGAUUUAAAUCUUGCAAUAAAAAUUUCAUGGUGAUAAGCAGGUUACAAUAUUUGAAGAGAUAUCAGUAGCUGAAACACAGUUCUUUAGUGUUGGCUGUGUUCACUCAGUUAGCUACAAUGGAAUCGAUUUUUGUUCUUCAUACAAUUAGCCAACCUUCCUUGCAAAGACGAUUUAUAUUUGGACGUGAAUUUUUAAAAAAAAUAAUUUUCAUAUCAAUGGCUUCGCAUUUGGGCCUUGCCUUUUUCAGCAGAGACCAGAGGCAACUCGGAAAGGACCUAUUGAUUGUAUAUGCUAAAUGCCUCUUUCUUGUAGGUGUACUGUAUUUCAUUUCCUUAUUCCGGAUUCUCACUGCACGAGAAAACCUCUUUAUUCAUUCUCGUCAGUACCAUGAGAAGGCCAUUCAAUCUUGGCUAUACCGGAUCAAGUUUUGAACCGCACAGAAACUGAUCCGGUAUACUAGGGCUUGCACAACCUUUUUUUUUCUGUGGGACGGGAGGAGGAUGGGUGACUAUGACAUAAGGUAGGAGGCUGAAAAGCCAUUUUCAAAAGCCGAAUUGAAUAUUUACUACUUGGUUUAUCGUUCAUUCAAAAUAUUUCUAAUCAAUUUUGAAUGAAUGACCAUCAGGUUUCAAUCUCUUUUGUUAUCUAUUGGAGAUAUAUGAAAUGUUGUCGUCGCCGGUGCUGUAGGCAACUGAAUUAGUGUCAGGGAAUCGAUGAGAUGGACUUAUUUGUUUGAUGCUAAAAUGAGUAAAGCUAAUCAGAGCUGUUUUCCCUGAAUUAACAUAAGGAGGGAAGAUAUUGAUUUAAGUUGACGUGCAUGGCCUGAACCUAUGUAUUUGCGCGUUGGUUAUGUUUUUCAAUCGGGUUUUUCGGCAGGAAUGAUUUAACCGAUUUCUUUGAUUUACGGGAUCCUUAAUAAAGAAUAGUCGAACGUUAAGAAAAUGCUAUUUAUUUUCUUCUAGGUGUAAAAACGGUUGCGACAUUGGCAUAUGUUUAAAACCGCAUUUUUUUAAAAAAUGGCAAUAAUUUCAAAACCCUAAGACAGAUUUUUCUCUAACUUCGGCAAAUAAGCCUAAGAGCUCUCUAGUUUUGUAGGGUUUCGAAAUUAUUGACAUUUUUUGUAAAAAUGCGGUCUUAAACAUAUGCCGAUAUCUCAGACGCUGUUAAACCUACAAGAAAAUAAAUAACAUUUUCUUACAAUUCGACCAUUCUUUAUUAAGGCCGCCAAAAAUCGUGGAAAUCGGUUGAAUUCAUCGCUGCCGAAAAACGAGAUUCAAAAACAUAACCAACUCGCAUAUAAAUAGGUUCGGGCUACCUUAAUGUGAUGAUUUUUUACCAGAGAAGAUCUAACUUGACAGUAAAUUUGAUAUUGCUACUCAUAAUGCUAUAUUUCUUGUUAAGACAUCCUCCCUUAUUACCUUUAGACAGCCGGUUUUGUUAGGUACAAGCACAAUUACAAUGCACAUGAACAGUAGUGUAUACUUUGACUAUCAGAGGUUUUCCAUUAGAUUUUGUCGAAAAAGAGAGUCUGACAUUCAGCACGUUACUGCGCAUGUUUAUGGCAUGAAGAAAUCGCCAAAGGAUGAUUCUUGUACGUUUUCUCUACUACAUCAAUUCCAUGUAAAUUGACUUACAUUACUACAGCGAUGUAUAGUUCUCCUAACCCUGGCAUUAAAGACAAUCUCCACGCUAUGUUCAUUUUGUAGAUUAAGAAUGUGACAAAUCCAACAAACUUUAAAGCAAAAGCGUUUUGAAAUUACGCAUUAACAUCGGUGAAAUUCUUUUUAACAGUUGUGAAGAAAUAUUACCGCUUUAUUAAUAAGUCUCUUUCAUCAUGAUCUGGAAUGUUUUUAUACGGAUAAUUUAAAGUCAACUGUUAAAUAUCAAAUGUUGCCUUAAAAUCAAGCGUUUCUCGACCCACGGCUUAUAGGCAGAACCCAUCAACUGUUUAAAUCAGUUUAACUAUUUUCACUCGAUCGUCUAACAGAGCAGAUGACAUUGAGAUUACUUAAAAGCGAGCCUGAUUCAAAUAUUAUUAGACCAAGAAUGGCGAAUUAUUUUUCUACUAUCAGGCCCUUGCAUUAAUUGCUACUGUUUUAAUUAUAAACCUUAAGGUAUUAUGUGAGACUGUAUAACCGCAAUCAAGCACUUUUUCCAAUUUUCAGGUAAAGUUUUGGAUUAACAUGGCUAUAACCAAUUGUAAAAAUCUUAUUUGCUCAUGAUUUCCACGCCAUGGACAGUGUUAAUAUACAGGCGGAUAAUAGCUGGAUAAAUUUUAACUUUGGUAAAAACAUUCAUGCUACUUUUUUUUUCAAAUAGCAGUAAAGCGAGUAAAAUCUUAACUGUGGUUGUAUAAAUCGGUGAAGUGACGGUUAAGUGGUCGUCAUAUUGAUUGGAACUGAAAUUUAAUGUUGAAAAGUACGCUCUAAGUUCUCUCUAUCUAACACUUGUUUCGCAAAUGCAAUAAUGACUUUAAGGUCCAUUCAGUUUUGAUUGUCAUCGAACGAUGAACGCGCAUGCAGGUGGUGGACGCGUUAAUAGCUCACUGAAUCAAUAUUUGCGGUCUUUAUAUGUUAAUUUAUUUUUUCUCAUCCCCAGUUUUCAAAUGCUUUAUGAACAGAGAAGGGUUUCUUUACGGUGGCUAGUGAAAUGAUAAAGAGACAUGAAUAAUACCAGCGCAGUUUACAGUCCAGACCAAACACGCUGCUCCUCUAGCGUGUCCGAAACAGUAACGGUUGUUCUUUCAACGGUCAGCUUGCUGGCGUUAAUGGGAAAUUCUCUUAUCAUCCUAACAUUUAUUAAGUCUGUUAGCCUUAAAAACAGCUCUAACUACUACAUCGUUAACAUGGCGGCUUCUGAUCUGGUUUGUGUUCUCCUUAAAAACUCAGCUUUCGCUUAACAAUUUGGCGCAAAAUGGGAAUUUAUUCACGAUCAGUGUCGUAGGAGGUUUCCAUUCUAAGCUUCCACUAAAGGCUUUAAACAUAUCUCGAAAGCCUCGCAUAUUCUUUCUGCUUAUUAGUUGGUUGUUGCCAGCGAUUUCCCUAGUACCGUACCUGUUUUAGCGGAGCUCGCACGCGCUUGGACGGAGCCCCAUAGCUAAGGAAAUGUGGUAAUCUACCAAUCCGAGAAAAUUUGGUAAUCACGUGACCGUACGCCCGACCGUCCUUCCGCACCCCAGGGAAACCAAUGUUUACUCUCACACUUUCUAGCAAGUUUGGGAGCCCAAGAGAAAACUAAUUCCACAUCAAUGUUGGAUCAAUUGACACCUGUCAAAACAGGGUUUCCACUGACCAGUAUCACCUGACCGUACCGCGGACUCAAGUGUCGACCAAUCGAGGUCGACUACUUUUGAAGUUAUCCGCUGACAAAUUACCAGUUUCAAAUGAUCGCAGGCUCAAGUUUAUUUUUUUCCAAUGAUUCAUAUGAAAUAUGUUGUGUUGAUGUCACUAUAUAUAUGGCCCCAUACUGUUAAGAUGUUGAUUUCAAACUGACCUCGGACGCGAAAAUUCAGCCAGUUUUUAAAAAUGCAGGCGGGGAAGACCUUUUCUUACCAUGGUCACGCGUUGGUCACGCUCUACGUCCAAUUUUAUGUCUGAUUGAUCAAGCUUUGAUAGGUGAAUUCAUGCGGAAAAUUUAUGCAGCAUCUUGAAAGUUGUUUACUUUGACAGCUGAAGCUGGCUGAGUUUUGUGUCAACUUGUAAUAUUUUCAAGUGUCUUUUUCCACUGGAUGUACAGUAUAAAAUACAGCUGCUAUCAAGACUCUUCUGUUAUUCAUGGCUGGUUUGUUUGUUGGGUUUUUGGUUGAGAAAUGCGCCGCUUGUCAAAAUUCGGUAAUCCGAUUUCGGAUGGCAUCGUUUUCGUUUUUCACCUUGCUUAAUGCGUAAGAGGGUUUAAAAGUCUCAAGCAACUGUGGCCUUCCUUGAUAUCUUUCAGGAACUGAAUCUCGAAUGGUAAGCCAAAGUAAUUAUUGUAUUUAAUGUUUGUUUUUGUUAUAUCUAAUUUCAUGAAGUCGAGCACAGUUUAUGCGUCCAGCUUAUGCUCGUCUGUAAGAUUUGAGUCAAUGAUCUGACCUAGCCCAGGUUUGAUAAGCUUACAGAACUUUAAAAGACCUUCAGACGUAUUUUCUCACUGCAAAUAGAAAGAAAACAUUCCGAAGAAUAUUUAGUUUUAUACAAUGAUGUGAAUGCUACGCGCGCUGUGAUUGGUUGUUGCCCAUGAUCUAUUAGAGUACAGAUACAUGGAUGACGUCACGGGAAACUUGUUUUCUUUGUUUUGUUCAACAUGGCACGCGGUUUUGAAAAUGUUUGUGAGAUUAUUUCGGAUUGAGGCAAGUGAAAGCUUCGGAAAAAGUUUAGCAGGAGCUAUUUACAAAGAAGAAAAAUGGAGAAACGGAGACCAAAAAAGCUAUUGACUACUUGACAAUGCCUAAACUACAAGAAAUCUUCACAACAGUUGCCAUCGUGUGUCUUCGCUACGAGAGACUCGCUGUUUUGCAAAAUGUUUUCGCUAUUAUUCUUCUUUGAGCAAGAAAAGACGAUGAAAAACUUUUCGAAGAAACUGUACACAAGUAAGAUAAAGAAGAAUCUAAGAUGAAAAGUUGGGUUUGGGACUUAAAAAAUGCCUAAACUAGCACAAAUCGUUUUCACCUUUGAAAAAAGAAAAAACCGGGAGGCAGGCUUAAAGUAAAACAUAAUUAACUUAAGCUUAAGCUUCAGUAGCUUUAAGCUUAAAGACUCAGGUUUUUUAGAGACACUUUAAUACUUGUCUUCGUGAAAAAAAUUGUUGUCUCUGUAAAUGUUUCGGCGAGUUAUAUUUCUUUUAUUGAUUGUUAGUAGGCUCUCUUGCAAUUUUAAUCGCUUGUCCGUGGCGUUUGUUUUCAUCGUUCAUGAACAUCGCUUGCAGAAGUACUCAAAAAUGUCGCGCAUAUCAAACGCUUUAUGACAUUAGACAUCGUUAUAACUGAAACCAUUAAAUAACAAAAAAUAAUAAUAAAUUCGCUGUUAUGUUGAAGCGUAACUCUAUUAAAGUUCAUUCAAACACUCGACCACACUGACAGCUCGCACCAGAAAUGAGAACCGGCUGGCGGUAUGGCUGAUUUUGGAACUUUUUUGAACGGUUUCGCUAAAAGCCCACGAUUGAUCGUCCUGAACAUUGACUGAGUACAAUUUGGCUUGAAAAAAUUGUGAAGUACCGCAUUCUGUUCGAGGUCUGUAUGAUAAAUAGUACUGUCUCACCUCAGACGUGAUGUAUAAAAAGUAUAAAAAGUUGGUUUACACACCCCCAGAUUUGUUGGCAAGAAUUUGUAAGGUAAACCUGUCGAACGCAAAAAAAUUCGGCCUGAUUUGUUUUCAAUAAUUUGUUUUCGAGGCCUAAUCUACUGUGAUCAAGGGCCAUUAUGCCUCUUGAAUGUGAUCGAAGAUGUUCGCUAUGUUUUCGGCCUACACAUAAGGCUAUCAACUCGAUGUAAGAUGUUUCACUCUAAAAUAACUUAGCCUUUCCCUCAAAAGUCACAUGAAUGUGCCCUAAAGUUAAUUGAUUUGUGGAUUACAAGUUUAUUGUUUGAUUUAAAUUAUAAAUUUAUUAAUGGGAGCUUCGCUUUUAGCUCUGGCUAGGUCUAUAUAUUAUACGAAAAUCCUUGAAAUAUAGAACCAAACGCCUGUUUGUAGAAACCUGACGAGUGGCUAUUCGAAUAGUUUUAUAAAUAUGAAAGAAUUUUCUUCAAAUAAUAUCAACAGAAAUUUGAUUCAAUUUAAGAUUAUAUAAAAAAACGUUGAUUCACGUCCUGAUAGCUCCCGAUUUCGCCAUGUGAUUCUGGCUUGAUAUGCAGUGAAAAACAAAAAGGCAUAAAAUCGAGAACAUGCCUUUACAACCCUCUUCAAUUUUUUUUGGUCCUUGACAGAUGUGCCAAUAUGCUUGUUUUUCCAGUAAAAUCCUCUGCGUAGUUAAUCUGGUAGAAAAUCGCAUGCGUGUCAAAAGCCUGGGAAUAUAUAGCCCCGGGGCUGGUGAAUGCCCGGCCUCCUGGCAGAGCAAGAUUUGCAAGUCCCCCUGGGACAGACAAGGCAGGAAAAUGCCCGCAGUAGCGCGGGGGGUUGGGUGCAGCUGUAGAGUAAAUUUGACAUUGCUACUCACGUUGAGACUGGUUUUGUUACGCAUAAGCACAAUUACAAUAAACGUGAACAGUCAAAAGUAAGUUGAGUUUGAUCGUCCGGGUGAACGUAGUCCUGAAUAGGACCUGUUGUUGUUGACAGUGACUGACGUUUCCACAACCUGUGCGGUAGUCAUCUUCAGAGUCAAAGUGAGUUGUAUCACGUCAGUUGAUGGUAUUAUACUCUGGUUAUUGAUCUGAUUGGUCAAUUACGUCGUGAUGUCAUGGGUCGUCUGUCAGUUAAGCGGUGAUGUUAUUGGCUAUGAAGACUCGUAAUCAGAAAUUGGUGCGUUUCGAUCCGUCUAUUGUGACAGUUAAACAGUCGUCUAUUGUUAGUCAAAUCGUCAUUCUCUCGUAGUCAGUUUUGCUUGAUCUCGUCAAUAAGUCGUUUGUACGGCGCUGGUAACUGUUGGCUACGAUUCAGUGGCGUUUGUUCUAAGUUAGUAAACCAGCUUUCUAAAGUAAGACGUUGAUAGUAGUCUGUGGAAUACGUUAUACUUGUCGCAGAGUCCCAGUCAAUUUGAUGUUUCGUCUUUAAAUGGUGCUCAGCAAUGUGAUUGUUGACGUCACCAUUCUUCGUAGCUCGUUUGUGUUCGGUCAGUCGCGUGCGUAGGUUUCUGCCGGUUUUACCAAUGUAACAACAACAACAACAACAGUCCUAUUCAGGACUACGUUCACCCGGACGAUCAAACUUUUGAAAUGACUCCUGGGUUCAAACCUUUCACAAACAUGAAUAGUGGUGUAUACCUUGACUACAGAGGUUUUUCAUUAGAUUUUGUGAGUCGAACAAUAUAUAUAGUCUAACAGCCAUUACGUUACUACGCAUGUUUAUGGCAUGAACCCCCCAAAGGAUGAAAACUGAUACUUGUGCACGUUUUCUCCACCACAUCAAUUAAAAUGACUUCAGUACAAUGGCGAUCUAUAGUUCUCCAUUAGACCCGACAUUAACACAAUCUGCAUCCUAUUUUUAUUUUGUAACUUUAGAAUGUGACAAAUCCAACAAAUUAAACCUUACAACAAAAGCGCCUUUGAAAGGAUUAUGCAUUAACAUCGGUGAAAUUCUUCUUAUAUAGAAAUAUUACCACUUUAUGACUAGGCCUAUUUCAUCAUGAUGUGGCAUAUUUUUUAUGCGAGGAAAUUAAAGUCAACUGUUAAAUAUUGAGUGUUGCCUUACAAUCAAGCGUCUCUUAAGGAACGGCUUAUGGGCUGAACCCAUCAACUGUUUAAGUUAAUUUAACUAUAUUCACUCGAUCGUCUAACAAAGCAGAUGACAUUGAGAUUACUCAAAAGCGACUAUUGAAAUAUUAAAACUGUGAAAGGUUUGAACCAGGAGUCACUUCAAAAGUAGGUUGAGUUCGAUCGUCCGGGUGAACGUAGUCCUGAAUAGGACUGUUGUUGUUGACAGUGACUGACGUUUCGAAAACCUGUGCGGUAGUAACACCAAGCAUGGCAAAUUUUAUUGCAAAUUUAAAUUUCUUCCAAUUAUAAUCCUUAAGGUAUUAUGUGAAACUGUAUAACCGCAAUCAAGCACUUUUUCCAAUUUUCAGAUAAAGUUUUGGAUUAACAUGGUAAUAACCAAUUGUAAAAAUUUUAAUUGCUCAUGAUUUGCACGCCACGGACAGUGUUAAUAUACAAGCGGAUAAUAGCCGGAUAAAUUUUAACUUUGGUAAAAACAUUCAAUUUUUACUUUUUUCAAAUAGCACUGAAGUGGUCGUCAUAUUGAUUGGCACUGAAAUUUAAUGUUGAAAAUUGCGCUCUAAAUUUUCAGUAUCUAACACUUGUUUCGCAAAUGCAAUAAUGACUUUAAGAUCCAUUCAAUUUUAAUUGUAAUCAGACGAUGAAAGCGCAUGCAGGUGGUGGACGCGUUAAUAGCUCACUGAAUCAAUAUUUGAGGUCAUUUUAUGUUAAUUUACUUUUCUCAUCCCCAGUUUUCAAAUGCUUUAUGAACAGAGAAGGGUUUCUUUACGGUGGCUAGUGAAAUGAUAAAGAGACAUGAAUAAUACCAGCGCAGUUUACAGUCCAGACCAAACACGGUGCUCCUCUAGUGUGUCCGAAACAGUAACGGUUGUUCUUUCAACGGUCAGUUUGCUGGCGUUAAUGGGGAAUUCUCUUGUCAUCCUAACAUUUAUUAAGUCUGUUAGCCUUAAAAACAGCUCUAACUACUACAUCGUUAACAUGGCGGCUUCUGAUCUGGUUUGUGUUCUCCUUAACUGGCCGCUCUAUGCUACUGAAGGGAUGUUAAAACCUGGCGGAAGUCUAAUUACAAACUCAGCUUUCGCUACAAUUUGCUGCAAAAUGGGAAUUUAUUCACGAUCAGUGUCGUAUGUGGUUUCCAUUCUAAGCUUAAUGCUCGUCGCUGUGGACAGAUUUAUUGUAACCGCGUUUCCACUAAAGGCUUUAAACAUAUCUCAAAAGCCUCGCAUAUUCUUUCUGCUUAUAAGUUGGUUGUUGCCAGCGAUUUCCCUAGUACCGUACCUGUUCUAUACGAAAAUCGUUGAAAUAGAGAACCAAACGUUUUGUAGAAACCUGACGAGUGUAUAUUUGCUGAGGAUAUAUUACGCCGUGGGUUUUGUCUUAUUCUACUGUGCUCCGCUUAUUUCAAUUCUCAUCUUGUAUCCUCGUAUCAUGAAACAUUUACGGACAUCUAGAGUAAAGGUUGACAACGGAGGAGGGAGAACUGCUCUUGCUUCAAAAAGACUGAAACAAAGCCGGAACAUCAUGAAAAUCUUUGGAUCAAUCGUUCUGACAUUUUUUAUUUGCUGGACACCAUAUUAUGUUUAUUUGUUCCUGAAAUCCUUUUAUCCUUCGAUAUUUCUGAAGGAUAAAUGUCUCUUUCUUGUUGGUUUAUUUUAUUAUUUAUUUCCUAUUCUUAGUACAGUAACAAACCCCUUUAUUCUUAUGCUUUUUAGUACAAGCUAUCGUGAGGCCAUAAAAAGCUUAUGUAUAUCUUCCUGUUUGCUUCCAAAACGCCCUUCUCGACGUAUCGCUCCUGUAACAGUUUCACAGCAGGCCCGAACUUUGAGGCCACGAACACACAUAUCCGGAUAUCGUUGAAAAUAGAGAUUUUUUUCUCCUUUUUCAAAAACAUACGCAUCUUCAAGUAGCGUUAUCAAGUAGUUUCUGUUGAUCCACACGAAAACGCUAAAGCGAUGCAAAUACGACACGUUGUCCUGUACAGAGCGUGCGCUCUAUGAUGUAUGACAUCAUCGUAAUUAAAAACCUUCUUUUUUGUCCAUCCAUACAAAAACGAUAAUCCGGCGUGUGCAAAAUUCUUCACUUUGAGAUUGUUCUUAAAAAGUCUGCGUUUUUUGUGCCCGAAAACGCCGUUUACGUGUGGAUGGAAGACUAAAACAAAGGAAAAUCUCCGUUUUCGAAAAUGAUCCGGAUACGUGUUAACCUUGAACUCUGAAAAUCUACGGAACUUAAGUUGUUCUUAUGAGUGGAAAAAGAUAUCACUACCUUAAAUGGGCUAAGACUCUCUGCACGUGGUCACGUGGAAAUCAACAUGAAUCAGAACUACUUCGUGAGGAGAAUAAUAAUGAGGAAUUCUCUUUUUAAAGAUUAAAAAGCCUAUUAGUAUGUGUAAUCAAAUGGUAUACUCGUGAAACUAGGGAAUAAUUUCACUUGCGUUUUGUCCAAAUCCUAAUAAUUUCCCGAGCCUAGUGAAAUUAUUCCCUAAUUUCACAAGUAUACCAUUUGAUUACCUAUUAAUAUCAUGGGUGACGAAUUACGUUAGCAAUCUUGGAUUUUUGACAUGUUUAUCCUGGACCGUAUCGAUCGAGAACUCCACUCUCUCAGAUGUUUAGACCUUAAAUUUGGCUUAUAAAGUUCAGAAUUUUUCAGACUUUUUCGGCGCAAUACCUGUUAGAAUCCUUCUUGAUAUUCUCUUGUGUGUUCAGGUUUUCUAAAGUGUCUUUUUGUGCCCUAACAUCUUCAUUCACGGCAUAACAAAACUUCGUCGCCAUCUUGACACUGAGACGUACGGAAGGGUUGCCAUGGCAAUUUUGUAAUUUCACAUGUGAAAUUACAAUUAACGCUGAAAUUUCGCCCCAGAAUUAAGGAGUAAUUCGUCACCUAUGAUAUUAAGGAAAUAAUAUCCCAGAUUAUUAUCUGGCUUGCAAUAGGCUAUGCCUUGAGCCUUACGGCACGCGCAAAAUAUAAUUUCUGAAACAGGCCCCUGGUGCGCCAGGCAUAAGUUUGUGUUUAUAAAUUAAAUGAAAAGUUUACCGAUUCAAUAGAACGCGUGGAGAAACAAUAAGACAAGUUUUGUUUAAUGCUUUCUGUAUUGCAGUUAAUGUCGCAAAACAAAAGUUUCACAAACUUCCCGUCAAGACAUUUAACUGCCAUUCGUCACGUAUCUUGAUAUAAACCUGUGACAACUAAUCUUCGCAAACGUUGUCAAAAAAAGGAAAUUCAAAAGUCAAAUAGUCAAUAAAUUCCCUGGUUAGUUGUAUCUACAUUUAUUCAGUAAAAAGGCCGGGUAGUAUUCUAUUGUAAAUCCAGUAUUCCAGUCGGCCGAUGACUAUGUCCACCUGUGAAACUGCACCUCAGAUACCUCAAACAGCGAAUAGACAGAAGACGAUGGAGGUUUAUGCCAAUGAUAAAAACUUAAAAGAAGUCAGCCGAAAGUGCUAUUAUAUAUUUGAAAUGUGGGCUUCGAUAUCUUGUUAAUCUUUGUCUUCUAUUAUUUAAAUAAAAACGCAUUCAAAACGUUUUUAUGAUAAGUGGAGAAGGAGGAAACAACAGCUAGUUACAUAUUUUUUAAAAUCUGCAUGAUAUGAUCCACCGUGUACAGAAAAGAUGUUAAUUAGUUCGAUGGAAAGCGGGCAACUUGAACUUUAUGAAGGUUUUUGUUCUACUUAUUUCUUGGAGCUUACUAAAUUUUCCAACCUCUAGGUGCGGCCCUUAUGUAAAACUUUGUAUUUACGAAUAACACAUCAUAUUACUUCAUCUUAUUUUGACUUUUUGUUUACUUUGUGUUAGUAACCUAAGAAGAAUUCAAUACAACAUUGUUUUUAAAAUUAUACGUCAUCUGUGCGACCACGUAAAUAACAAUGGCACCAAUACAUCACAGCCACAAUAUUUCAAAAUAAAUAAAAAAAAGUCAAAUCAUCUCAGUCACGUUAGCGUCUAGGCCUUUUGUCACAGAUAACAAUGUCGUUCCAUUAAAACAUUUCCCUUCUACAGUUCGGGAGUAUGCCAGUUUUGGAAGAAGCGAAAACAAUGGUCUACGUCACCAACCAUAACAUGAUCACCAUGGCGAUGGCCAUUUUCAAAACAUAAAAAAUGGUGGACAAGGGAGAGGAAAGAGUAUUGACAGAAAUUUCUCGUUUAUUCUUGUUUCAUCGGGCCUUUUAUUUGUCUUCUCCUUACUAUGAAUUGGGAAGUACCUUGAGGGCAAGGAGUAACCAUUCUUGUAUUCAACUUUUUCUGAGAUUAGGCGUGAGAUUUUUAUCCUGGGAGUGCUGGGAUUUUUGAAAACGACACGAUCAUUUCCGAAGAUUCCGAAGAAGUCCGAAGUCUUCCGAAGACGUCCGAAGUCUGCCGAAGGCGAAGUUAUCGAGAAAAACACUUAUCCACAAAAUCAGAGAUCGCGAGGAAGGUAUUGUCAUUUAUUCAUUUUACACAUGGUUUUGUACAUAUUUUUGGAAAUUGUGUCAAAGCAAGACGGCAACAACUCACAUUUUUCAAUCAGGCGUGAGAAAUUGGUCCGCAGGCGUGAGCGGGCGUGAGAUCGAAGUUUUCAACCCGCAUUGAGACUCACGCCUAAGGCGUGAGAGUUGGCAGGUAUAUUCUUGCGCUAUAGUUCUUCGCUUAUUGCGAGCUUUGUAGGCACUUCGUACUCACUGCGUAUGUAAUCAGUACAUCGAAAAUAGGUAAGCACGCUAACAAGUUUGUGCCUAUUUCUUUCAUUAAUUUUUUAUAUUAUAAGAAAAAAGAAUGCUUUGGAAACAACUAAAAAAGUGAGUUGUUCUAUAAUUUAUUUCCUUAUGUUUGCAAAGAGUAAGUUUUACUGUAAUUUUUCCCGUUGCUUCUGUUUCUCUCUCGGGGAGUGAGCGACUGGCCGGAGAAGACGGCUGUAAUUCAGGUUAUUGUUUUGGUGCAAGCGAGUCAUUUGUGAGUAAAGUAGCUGUGUUUUUCGAAUAUGAUGUUCUGUUGGUGUAUGUCCAGAAGCGGUUCCGUCCAGGUAUACAACAGGUUUACAAGGGAUUUCUGAGGGUAUUGUGUCCGCGUUUUCUUCUUGAAAACCCACAAAGUGAAAAUCUUGCUUAUCAUCCCUGAUCAUUUUUUCUUCGUCCCGCUUCAAAAAAACCUACUGCUUUCAAUUAUUCCACUGUCUGAAGUUCACUGAUUAUUUGCUCAAGCUUAACAAAUGCAAGAGACUCUUUAGAAUUUAAUAUACAUAUUGGAAAACUAAGAAUGCCUGUUGUUUUUGGAUAUAUUGAUUAAAAUGGGAUACUAUAGUCUUGUAGUCCACCGGAUUUGAUCAGAGGUCAGAUAUCAACAGGGUUAUGGGUUGUUAUAAAAUAUCCUCUUAUAUGGGAUUUGAUGUAUAUCCGAAUAAUACUAAAUUAUUGUUUUUAACUCUGGGGUUGCCUUCAAACCAAAGGCAUUGUAACUUUGAGGAGCACUUUUCUCCAAGUCUUCUCUGUGGGGACCCUCAAACAAUUCUAUUAGACACGGUUUGGCCCAAAAUAAUAAUGAUUGCUGCACUUGGCAUGGACACAACAUAAGUUUUCCAAAGUUCUUUUUCAUAGUUCUCCAUGGUUCUACUGAACAGCACUUUCAAGAAAACAAAGCUCACACAUCAGAGUAAAGAUACAGUUAUAAAAGAUAUUAAUUUUAUUGUUACAUUUUGUUUUUUGUAAAUAAACAUUUUAUUUCUGGUCCUGACAUAACCUACGAGCAAGGGACCUAUGCAAGUCACGCAGACCAUCAGCAAAAAUAAAGUAAAAACAAGUAAAAACUGCAAAUUUUACAGAUUACAGUUAAGCAUUCUUUUUACUGAUUAGGGUUUAGGUUGGGGUUAGGGUUAUGAUUAAGUGCUGUUUAGGGUUAAACACUUAUUUACCAUGGUUAGCUUUUCAGUUCAUUCUUUCGCUAUUACCAGAUUACUGUUUUUGAUUUUUAUGUAUUGUUUUCAAUGAGUCGUAUCUGGCCUGCAUGACUCGCUGCCAUGGCUCGCAUAUCAUACACACUCUUGUAUCUCAAAAUCUUGUUUUUUUUAACACCUUCUUGGACAUGAAAACCAAAAACCAAAGCUUAAUUGAUAUAAUGAAGACAGUAGCAGCUGACAUAGGUUUUCAAUAGCUAUCUUGUGAGAUGUCUCUCACGUAUUAUUUAUUAGGGAGGAUGAUUUGUUGAAGACGAUACAUUAAUAUAGAUGCUUUUUCAUCGAGAGAAUCUCAAUAAUUUAGGAUUUAUUCAAAUACAAACAUAUUCAAUAUUAUGACAUAAAAUGUGGGCUUAUUGCUCAUGCAAAGGUAUUGAUGGGGGAGAGUGUGGCAUUUUUAUUUUCCUGUUUCAGAUUGACCUUUGCACAGCACAGGAUUGAACAUAUUAUGUAUUUGGCAUUUGUAAAGUAUAAACAAUAUUUGACGCAAGGGAUUGAACAUUAUGUGGAGAAAAUCUUCACAAGCCUCCACUUCCAUGACUCCUUCCUCAUCUAUCUCCUUUAAAGCCCCUUGAAUAAGGGCCCCAGUCUCUUCUAUGGUUGAAUGGUCAUUGAGUGUGAGCUUCCACUCACAAGGUAUAUGAGCACCCCCUCCAACCUGUUUCCCUCUUACCCAUUUUUGAGAGGGAGGAGGGGCUUUUGUGGUGGUAGGUACCUUGUGACCACACUACAAAAAACAAAAAACAUGCAUGUUUGAUUUUACUGAGGUAGGGUUGAAUUUGGACAUUAAGUUUUUUAUUACAGAGUAACAUGACGCGAAUCUAAAGCAACAUUUUGCCCUCAGAGCUCAAAUAUGUCGUUCUGAAGAUAUUUAACAUUUGUCUUCCUCGUUCCUUUUCCCAGCUUUUUGGCACAAACGCGAAACAAUGUUUGUAAUAUGUCCAGAUGUUUGUCUACAUUUUGGACGAACAUCCUGAUCAAAAUAUAAGAAAUCAAUAUAAGAACCUACUCACACUGAUUUAAAACUCAUUCCACACACAUGAUCUGGAUCAAUAAAGUGAUUUCUAGAUCAAAGUCCCAUACAUUGCCGGUAAACACAACCAAAAACAGACUUGAUCGCUUAUAACUAAAAAUACGUGGACAGACUAAGGCAUAACCAUCAAUAUAGUAACCCUUCCUGUCUAUGGGGGUAUAUCUAUGACAAAAAUUCAAUAACCUAAAAGUGAAAAGGGUCAAGUCAAAUCUGAAAUAUACCGAGUCAAAGUUGUAAAAAAAAAAAAGACCACACUAAAAGGAAGAAAUACUAAAAAGCCACUAUCAUAUAGGUAUCACGUAGAAAAAGGCAUCAGACUAAAAAGGCAACACACAAAGAGGCACAACGCAAAGAGGCAACACGCAAAAGGCAUAACGCAAAGAGGCAUCACGGAAAGAGCCAACACGCAAAAGGCAUCACGCAAAGAGGCAUAACGCAAAAAGGCAACACGCAAAAGGCAUCGCAAAAAGGCAAUUUGCAAAAAGGACAAUUUGUAAAAGGGCAUCACGUGAUAAGUUCCCUCAUAACAUAUGGUGGGAUCAUCCUCAGAUUGACGGCAAUUUUCCACUGCUGUUAACGCUGCACGAGGAACCGCUAAAACCUGAGCGCCAUCUUUAAGGAUGUGCCAAUCUCAAAAGUAAAUCAAUUAGGUUUUCCAGCCGGAAAGAAAUUCAAUCGCUGUCAAUUCCGUUUUGGACUUGUUGUGGUUAUCAAUCAGGGCACGCCUAAGGUACCGAAUAAGCACCUCAUGAGGUGAGCAAGAUGGAAUGUCUCGUUCGAAUACCAUUUCGGUUCGGUUUGCAGUAUUCACGCAAUAUGUUUAAAUACCAGGCUUGGAUCCUAAGUAAACUUCUCACGUGAUGCCUUUUUUUUGCAAAUUGCCUUUUUGUGAUGCCUUUUUGCGUGUUGCCUUUUGCGUUGCCUUUUGCGUUGUUGCGUCUUUGCGUGAUGCCUUUUGCGUGGUGCCUUUUUGCUUUGCAUUUUUGCAUUUUUGCGUGUUGGCUGUUUGCGUGAUGCCGUGUGUUUUCUUUGCGUUAUGCCUCUUUGAGUGAUGCCUCUUUGCGUGUUGCCUUUUAGCGUGAUGCCUUUUUCUGCGUGAUACCUAUAUGAUAUUUAGUAUUUCUUCCUUUAGCGUGGUCUUUUUUUACCAACUUUGACUCGGUAUAUUUCACUUUUAGGUAAUUGAUUAUUGUCAUAGAUAUACGUCAUAGAUAUACCCUCAUACCUGUCCGUUGGCAAUUUUCAACGUGUGGUUACCAUAUAUUUUUACUGGGUUGUUACCAUCGAUGAAACUUUGCCUGAACACACACCUUACACGUUGUAGUUUUGAGGAAAAUUAGUCUUGAUUUCCUAAAAAUUCGGCAAGAUACUGAAAACUAAACAUAAAGACAUGUACUUACAUUCGAUGCCCGUCAAUAUAGCGACGACGUCUUCGAACGCUGUUUGAUAACUGUCGAUUUUAACUACCGUAAUGUGGCACGAAACUGCUCUUGACAUUCAAAAAGCAAGGAAAAGGCUUCUUCAUCAGCACUGCUAGCUCGGAAGUCCCGGAUAUUGAACGAGUGGACCCGGAACAGGCUUUGAAAAAAGCUCCCUUGUUUUUGGCGAUUAUUUUUCCCAUUUUUGCGUAUUUUUAGCAGAACAAUGGAAUCAUGACGUCAUCGCUUCUUCCAAAACUGGAAUACUCCCGAACUGUUCUAGAGUAAAUUAGUUGUCGCCACGGUGAAAUGACAUUAAUAGCCCCCCUCCCCCUCUCCCACCACCACCACCACCACUACCACCAAGGUGAUAGUAGGCACCAUUGUAAGUGGUAUUUGGAGAAUAUACAACCGGACUUUCUCAAACAGCUUACGUCAAAAGUUGUAUUAAUAAUCACGAAUAACUCGGAAAUGAUUUAAGAUUACUGAUUGCUCCUCCCUUUAUCGUUGGUUAUUUUUCUGUUAAUUUGGUAUUGCUUCUCUGUUUUCAGCAACCUCAAAGACAACAGACUCUCUCAGUUAUCUGGCACUGUUUUCAAGGGGUUAGAAGAGUUGAAAACUCUGUAAGUCGUAUAAGCUCACGUUCAGCUUCAAGCGUAACAGUGAAAUUUGUAUUUCCCGGUGAACCUGGGGCGGGAGACUUUGUAGCAUGAAUUAUGAGCAAACUUUGAAGACAUCUCUUGAGUGUAUUAACUUUUUCUUUUGCCACUAGGCUUUAGGAAAAUGUUGUUAACACGCUAGCUACUGCCAUUUUCGCCAAUGAUCUCAUAUCGCGUAUCUGUGACUCACCCUGUGACGCAUGAUUAUAGCUCUGCUCUGCUUGGAAAUUACUAGAAAGUACGAAAAAUAUUCCGUAAAGCUGUUUCUAUAAAUAAAUUAAACCUCCAAGGGCUUAUACGAGAGGCUCCUAGUAAUCGGCUUUUGAAUAAGGCGAAUAAAGUAAAUAGGAAGAACGUUUUCCAGAAUCCACACUGAAGGAAGGGUUCGACAAAAACAAAAUCACAAAAACAAAAUCACAAAAACAAAAUCACUGUGCGUAAAAUUCCACCAUGAUGUUCUGGUCAGUGUUUAAAAAAAGCUUUAUAAAAAUAUAUGACAGCUUAGGCAGCGCUCAUAUGGUGGACUAAAAUAAACUGCUGACAUUGGACUAGAUACUACACUGUAUACUCCAUAACUAAGUUAUCGAGUACCUUUCAGCACCUACAGUUGUAGUCUCCCAUUAUUUAGUAGAGCCAUUUUUUUUUCGUGUAGAGAGCUCUCAAGAAAUGGAAUCUCCAACUUACAGGAAUCCACCUUUGCAGAUUUAAGAAACCUACAGACUCUGUAAGUUGUACGAUAAGUUGAUAUUUUUUACCAAUAUUUAUGUUCGUAUAAUUCAUUUCUAACUGAUGAUCCAGCACGCAUUUUAUGUUCGGCUAAGCAAUGCCUGGUUAAAGCUCCAGUGAGAAAAAUGGCAGUAAUAAUUUCUGCUUUACUACUCUCCCGCUAUGACGCUCUUUAUCACAACUUGCCUAAUGAUGCAACAUAUAAAUAGAGGAUAUUACACGGUGGCGCGAAGAUAUGAAUUUUAUUUUCGAGUGGCAAAACAAUAUUUUACGAACUAGCGUAGCGAGCGAGUAAAAUAUUGUUUUUGCCACGAGAAAAUAAAAUUCGUAUCUUCAAGCCGCCGUGUAAUGUUCUUUUUAUUAUAUAGACAAAAAGACAUCGAUAAAAUAAUAGAGGGAAAUUACCGAAAUUACGUCAUCGAUAAACUCAUGUGUGAGAUUACGGAAAAUAAACCACUCGGGUCCGGGAUGUGGUUUUUUUGAAUUUUACGAGUGGUAUAUUUUCCAGUAAAACACUCGCGCCUAUAUAAUAAUUCGGUAUAAUUUUUAACAAUACUUUCAAUCAAAGUGUCAAAGUUUUAGAAAUUGGAAUCGUGCUUUGAUUGGAACCUUUUAUUAGCAAACAAGAGGCAAAGGAAAGAAUAGAAUGAUUUUUCUAAAAGUAUCUGAAAGAUUAAUGCUGACAUUAAUGCUGGUGGACAAGGAGAGUCAUAUAGAGUCAAGAGCAAAAACAGGUCUGCGCGCAAUAGUUACGUUCCUGCUCUGCGGUUCAGAAAGCACACAAAACUAAGCCUAAUGGGCCGCAAGAGGCAGGAUCGAGUUGGUGCCUAUAGCUGAAGAAUCAGAAGGAAUUAGCUCGAUCAAAUUUUGUAUUACUCUUCCAUCAUUGUGUUUUAGUAACUUCCAAAGUAACAAGCUCUUGAAGCUACAACAACCCAUCUUCAAGGAUUUAAAAAACCUAAAAAGACUGUAAGUAUGGACUGGAUACUACUUGUUACAAUCAAACCUCGAUUUAACGAACCGCUAUUUAACGCAGUCGUCGGUAUAACGAACGAUUUUGUUUACCCCAAUAAUGAAGGAAUACUUUGUUCUUGCAGCUUUCACACAAACCAACGGAAAGCCAAUUCGUCUUGCGGCGAUAUCUAUGUUGCUUUCUGUUAAGGGGCAAUUAAAGUCACCAAGAUGUAGUGUUACAUUUAAAUGCAUUGGCUUUGUUGGUAUCAUGGAAAAUCACCUUAGCUAUUCGUUCAAUUUGUAGGGACCUCUCACAUAAUCAAAUCUCUGAGCUACCGAGGAACAUUUUUGCUGACUUAAAAGGCCUGGAACAUCUGUAAGAUGUAAUUCUUUUGUUUUUUUUCCUUACAUUGGCUUGUCUUUUCUCAAAAUCAGUAAAUCAGAUUAUUUUUAUUUUCUUUCGCUAGGAUUGGACUAAUAAUUGAACCUUAAAUAACCCUCCGGUUCAGGUUACCAUUACCAUCUACAGAGUCAGUAAGAUGUUGAAAUUUGUGUAGAACUGAUCGCCAGGGUUAUCCGGGAUAAAUAAAGAACUCUAGUUCAACAUUACUGCUGUACCGGCACUGGAAUGAAUACUAUAAAACACGCUUAGAUUUUUGGCAAGGGCAGCUUACCUCGUUUUACUAUCAGUGUUUUCCAUCAAACCUUGCAUCUUAGGUGGUCUUGGAUAGUUAGUUGUACAAUUAAAUCAAACUUUCACACUAUGCAAUAAUGCGAUGAUGGUUUCUAACAAUAUGGGAUAUACGUACGUCAUCGGAAACUCGCGGAAACAUUAAAGAACGGGAAAUGAAUGAUAGAAAUGUGACGGAAGUUUCCUUGGUGAAAUCUUCCGGAAAGGUGUUUCCUACAUGGAAAAGUAGAUAGCCAUGUUGCCACUGGGUGAAAACGUGACGGAAAUAAGCAGUUCUAUGUUUCCGUUGAGUUUUCAAAAUUUUGAAACACUUCGUUUCGUUCUUUGUUCAUAAUCGAUUCUUACGGUUAUUACGCGUUGUUUAGAGACCUUUCUCACAACCGGAUAACAAUGCCUCAUUCAGAAGUUUUCAGAGAAUUGGAGAGUCUCAAAUACUUGUAAGUUUCAAUUUGAUAUUGGUUUUUAUCAUAUACUAAAACAGUAGAUAUAGUGUUUUUCGCGCACUCUGAUUGGCUACUUAAAGGCAGGAUAUCCAGUGCAGUUAACUGAUUCACCUCCAACGCGAAUGCAAACUGGCGUAAGUUACGACCAAAAUGGUUUCCCGGUUGGCUGCCGUAAACAAACAAAGAAAUAUCACAAAUAAUCAUCACAAGCUGUUCCCGGAAUACACAACGAAGAUGACUAAACUCGGUUUGGAAGCUUUAACAAGUAAACCUUUGCCUGUUUGACAUGAAUUUACCGAUAAAACCGUGAAAAAGUUUUUUGUUUCAUUACAAAUACAAACUAGGUCUUGCGUAAAAUAAAUAAGCUUAAAACUACAUUAAAUAGUUUUUUUUUUUACAAAAUGGCUUCAAAUAUAAAAAGAAUUCAUAACUUUUGAAGAAAUUUUCCUAAAUUAGCUAAAAAAAUGCCUUUAAAAUUUUUAUUUGUCAGCAAGAAAACGCGACGGCCGUUCGGUCACUUGCGCGCCAAAAUUGUCUGAAUUGUUGGCCACAUUAAGUGAGUAAAAAACCAUCUUCUUUGUGCUCAAUUAUCUCAAUGUUUUUGAAUAUACUAAAACAAUUAUUCACCUCAGUGUCGGUGGCUAGUGGUGUGUAUAUACCUUGCGGCUUAUCGGCUCGCAAAUAACACCACUAGCCACCUCCACCUCAGUAAAUGAUUGUUGUUUAUUUCAAUGAUACCUUUUUUUCGCUUUAACAAAGGUGCUUGUUACAACCAAAAAGUCAAACAACAAGCCUCGAACAUACAUUAAAAUACACUAUCACGGAGGACGUUUCCUCAUGUACUUACGCAAAAGUUAUGACUAGAAUAACUAGUGCAGUUUUUCGCGGUAAGGAAGCGCAGUCACUCAGGGUAAAAUGAAAUAAAAAACCCCUUGCAUGGAAAUAUUUUAAUCUCAGCGGUCACUGAUAACUUGCAAGGUGUCAACUAAUAUACCUACAUUUUUAAUGCAUGGACGGAUUAAGGAUUUGGCUGAGGGGGCCGCGAAAUUUUUCUGUGAGAUUUCGUAUAAUCUUAAAAUAAUUCUUAGUAAUUUAAGCACAAGAGAGGAUAAAGGGGACAGAGAUCGGCAUCCCCAUACACACCCUAUUCCAUAGGUAAUUUGUCUCGAGUUAUUUUUAACACCACAGAUCUCAAGGGGGAUUAGACAACAGCCAAUCACAUAGCGCGAAUUUGUUCCGCGUGGAUGACCCACACUCAGAGGCACGCGUCCUUCACGAAUUGACGCAGAACAAAAAUGGCGGAAGACGCGGAGAGCGAUAUUGUUAUUCGUUUUGUCUACAAAAACGAGUAAAGAGAAAUUUCUGCUAAAGCUGUGUCAGCGAAACGGCAAUUAAAAAAGAAUCGCCCUUCCUCUCUUGUAUAGAGGUAACAGUACAGCAGGGAAAUCCUUAACACACUGAAUAUUCUCUCAGGAUCAUUUAUAAUUACAGUUUGAAGAGAGAAAUUUCUGGUUUGAUAUUUAAUCUUUUAUUAGUCUUUUAUUAUUCAACGAAAAUAACACUUGGUGUCCUACUUGCUUUAUUGUGCAAACGGCCGGUUUCAAUAGACCGGCGAAAUUUCUCAUUUUAUUAAAGCACUGAGGUUACGAUAACUUCGAUUUAAACUGAUUUCACGGGUUGUCAAAGAGUCCAGCGAUUCCCCUUUCCCAGGUGAGCGCCGACUCAUUUCGUUUCAAUAUUCAGGAAUGCUCUCGAUCUUUCUACGCUUUCAUUGCCUUUCGCUCGACAUGUUUUGCACGGCGUUUAGUCAUGCAAAACCUCCACGAAACAUCCACGCAGCGCGCGUGGUAACUUUAUCCCGAUUCUAAAAAUAAUUCGAGACGAAUUACCUAUGGAAUAGGGUGUGUAUGGGGGAUGCCUUCUCUGUCCCCUUUAUCUUCUCUUGUUUAAGCAGUAUCCGUACAGCUGUCAAAUCCCCCCACCCCCGCCUCCCGCCGCAUUUUUGAAUUCCAAUUAGCCUACCAGUAUCGUAGCUUCAAGCGCUGAAUGUGUUGGUCAAUGUUUGUAAUAUCCAAACAGAACAUGCAAUUCCUUAAUACGCACCGACAAGGUGAUAGCACUCAGAACGCCAGCUUUUUCAUUCUUUCACCGGCAUUGUCCCUAUAUAUUUUUUGUAAGGUUUCUAAACAAUAACAAGAUCAACCAGCUUCAUGGUGAUAUAUUUCAUGGGCUCCAAAACCUGGAAAGAUUGUAAGUACAAUUUAGCUUUAUGAGACAUUGAUACAGAAUGGAAAUGUAGUAUUGUAGUUUUAAUACGGUAAUAAAGAAGCUGUCUCUAAGGAACCAAGCACUAAAAAAAGUAAAUCUCAACAUUCGCGGGAAAAAUUGCACGUUUACCCUUUGACGCAAUGUUCCCCGCUAAGUACAACUUUUGGCGGGAAACAGUUUUAUUGUAAAUUGUCAUGUGAUCCCAAGGUAACCAAUGAGAGUGCUUCCGUUGGGACAAAAUUUCAGCAAUACAAAAGUAGCGUGUAAUCCUAAUUUUUAUUAAAACGGAAUCAAUGGAUAAUGCAAUUCUAGAGCUCUGAUUGUCUUAGCAACCGUGGUAUACAAGCCAUCAUACCAUGCUCUCCAAAUAUGACAACUGUACUCGUUGCUUUUACAAAUAAAGUCGGGAAGAAUUCUCGAUAUUUUGUGGGCGUUUUUAAUGAAACAAUUAUUCCACUCGCACUUGUUGGAUAUGACAUGACUAUAGCCAACUCGGCGCUAUGCACCUCGUUGGCUCUCUACCAUCUCAUUUCCAACGUCCACUCGUGGAAUAAUUGUUAAAUAGCCUGCGUCAGUAGAAGGCACUUCGAAGUAAUAUGCGAAAAAGAACGAGGCGCGCAAGGGAUCGCGCGCCACGUUCCUUCUCAGUUGAGAAAAUUACUAUUACAAUCCCUUGAUACGCAGGCUAGUAACAUUACACAAAUAGUUAAACUUUUGAGCGCGUACAUUGGCCAAAAAAAGGAAGUUAAAGUAUUUUUCCCGCAGAGUCUCCAGAACAAUGCUUAUGUUUAUGUAAUGCUAAGACCUAACCUCAUAACCAAAUGAACAAAAAAUGAAAACGAAAUCGUUAGAUAUUACAAUGAAGCUGAAUAUUCUCCCUAAAAUCAUACGUCACUGUUUCGGUUCACCGCUAAAACUCAAUGACUCAAUUAGAAAACAAGUUAAGACAAAAGUGAUUUAACGCCUUCUGAUAAAUUGUAUUGCCACUCAAGUGUUUUUUUAUAGGUAUAUAUUUCUUGUAGGUAUCUGCAGGGAAACUUGCUUAAAGCGCUGCCUUUAGAGGUAUUCGCAGGCCUCCGGAAUCUUAAGUAUUUGUGAGUAUUUUCUGCUACCUUGCAUAAAAAUCCGUUACAGAUUAAAUUCCCCCGAAAAUUUUUCCGAAAAAAUCCGGAUAGGCGUCAGGUUUGUAUGAGAUCUAGCAAUAAUGACAAUUUUUUUUGCAACUAUUUAUUAUUACUAUUAUUUUUAUUAUUAUCACUUUUUUUACGAACUUUUUAAAGAAAUGGGAAUUUAGGAAUACGAGAUUUUAUUCUUUUUUUAACUUGUUUUCUUUUUAAUAUCAGAGACGGACAAUUCUUUUUUGUAAUGACUUAAUUUAAAAACUCUGGACUGCCUGCAAGAGUUGUUGACUGCAUCUGAGCCGCAAGGAAUCUAAUUGGAAAAUCGUUAUUGACACAGGAAAUUUUUCUUUUUUAUGAUUUAUGUAAUGCUUAAUAUUAUAUAGUGCUUAAUUCUUACCUCAAAUAUUCUGUAAAUGAUGUACAUAUUUUUAAAGUUGAAUAAAAUUAUUAUUAUUAUAAUAUUUAUUAUUAUUAUUAUCAUUAUUAUUAUUAAUAACUUGCAGAGUAUUUUAUAACUAUAAAAAACGUUAUUUUGGUCUCGUACAUCAUUUUUUUGCCAUUUUAGUAAGCCAUUGGACUAUUAUUACGUUUGCAAACAUUUUACAGUUUUGUAUUCAUUCUGAUUUUAGGAAGUUAGACAGCUUCUCCUUGUGCUGUUAUGCUACUAGAGUUCUCAAGCACGUGGACUGCGAAUACCCAUUGUCGGCGCAAGAGUCCUUUUCAAGUUGCAAUCGCAUGAUUGAGGACUCAGGUCCUAGAAAGAUAAUUUGGUUGCUCGGUGUUCUUGCUGUGCUUGGUAACCUGGCUGUAAUAGCUUGGCGUCUAAUUAGGCGCGACGACCACCCGGUUCAGACCUGUCUUCUGACGAAUCUCGCGGUGUCCGACUUUCUCAUGGGAGUGUACCUUAUGAUUGUUGCCAUUCAAGACCAAAUAUGGGCAGGUAUGGGUUUCGAUCACCAGUGUUUCGGUGGGAGCAAUACAACUUCUUAUAUAUUUUUGUCUCUUUUACUAACAGAGCAUUUAUCAUAAGUUUGGCUAGUUUUAUAGUAAGAGAUUUCGAAUCAAAAUGAUGAAACAGUAAGUAACCCUUUUAAGGGUUUUAAAGUCAUUUAAUAAUGACCUUAAAAAAUUAAUUUGACGAGAUGGCACUGAAUCGAGCCUUUUAAAUUUGAGGCCUCAUUAAACUAAAGCUUGCACACAGGCUCGGUACAAGACAUGUACCUUCCAAUAGCCUGUUCCAGGCAAGUGAAAGGCACCCGCCAAUAUGAGCUCAUGAUCUGGAAAAAGGGGGCGGUCGCAGUUUAUUCCCUUUUUAUUUUCGUGUUCGCUUUUCCAAUUUCGCGGGCCCGACUAUCACGGAGCUUCGAACACUCAGGCUAAACUUCGACCAGGUGUCAAUUUAAUUACACUUUUACUAGAAUUUUGACAUCAAUCCUGUGACGUCAUUUUCCCGCCAAAAACCAUUAAAAUUAAACAAGUAAAACCAACAAAAACAUGCGCAAUAAAAAGUUGUACCAUCCGGCAAAGUUUCAGUUCAAACGGAUAAAAAUUGUAAGAGAAAACAUUCCUGGCCAUUUUUGAUGUUUUUUUUUUCAAGAGUGCAACGUGCAAGUGUAGCUAUUGAUUUCAGAUUCUAAACAUUUACACUCGUAAAUUUUUCAUUAAAUUGACCCCAGCCUUAGCUACUAUAAUACACGUCGUGACUUCGAUCGAAUUCUUUUAAAUAAUAAUGUGACUUGCAAGACAUUUUUCCGGGUAGAGUAUACAAUAGGGUGCACAGACAAGUGAGUGUUAUCACAAUACUGAAACAGUGCUUCAUUUCCAGGUGCUUACUUUAACUUCGACCUCACUUGGCGAUCAGGAACACUUUGUAAACUUGCCGGUGCUUUAUCAGUGCUGUCAAGCGAAGUCUCGGUACUAAUGCUGACUGUUAUAACCGCUGACCGAUUGAUCAGUAUCGUCUUUACAUUCAGCUGUCGCCGACUGACGCUAAAGGAAGUUACGUUAUUUGCGCAGCCGUCUGGGUCAUCGGAACCCGUCAUUGCCGUCGUUCCAACAAAUGAUCUCCCAUAUUUUUACAACGAGGACAGACAAUAUGGAUUUUACGGUAUAUUCGCUUUUCAAGUGAAACUCCGCCCCCUUAAUUUAAUUUUCCCUUACUGGCUGGCUCUUUUAAUCUAACGGAUUAAAACGUCUUGAUCAGUCUACCGAAGUAUAGUGAUGUCGAGCAAAGUUUCGGUUAUUUUUUAGAGAAUCUUAGUAAAAUGCUUGACAGAAGAUUGUCAUGGCAACAGAAUACUACGCUGUGUGACUUUUUCAGUGGGUGAGAAACUGUCAUUGCCAUCUUCAUCAUCAUUAUUAUCAUUAUUAUCAUCGUCAUCAUCAUCAUCAUCAUUGUUAUUUACUUCUUGUUCUUCCUCUCUCCUUAUCAUAAUUAGCCUGUCACAUUAUCUGAAAUUAAGAAGCAACUAAAAUACGAAAUUCGUAUUUUUUUUUUUUUAAGGGCGUUCCUCAGUUUGUCUCCCUCUCCAACUGUCCUCAGAAAGGCUGGCCGGCUGGGAGUAUUCAGUUGCCAUAUUUAUCGCUUUGAAUCUCACAGCUUUCCUUUUCAUCAUGACAGCCUACAUAGCCAUUAUCUUUAAGGUGUUUAAGUCACAGCAGAGAAUCAACGCACAUGGAGAGUCAAAAACCAAUAACAGCCUCAACAGAGAGUCGGCCCUCGCUCGGAGAGUGUUCGCCAUCAUUUUAACUGACUUCAGUUGCUGGAUUCCUGUGAUAAUUUUGAGUAUUCUUGCCCUCGUUGGGAAGUUCAAUGAUCCCGACGGAACGGCUCACGUUUGGUGUUUGCUGCGUUUGUCCUGCCGGUUAAUUCAUCAGUUAAUCCAGUGCUCUACACGUUUUCUACACCGAAGGUAA